AUGGCCGCCAGCAUGUACGAAUCGGCCCGUAGCGCAAGACUGUUUUUUGUCUGCGUGUGUCAUUUGAAUUCGGGGUUUACCGGCCGUGCCCGGGACCUCGUAAGCAAAAUCAUGACGAAUGUGUUCUUUAUGAGCUUGCACAACGGAGAUACGAUUCUUGUUGGGCUUCUCGCCUCGCUUUUGAGGGUCGUUCCUCUCCCGGUAUAG